AUGGCAACUGAACUACCGAAUCCAACUGAUAAAGAAUUGUACAUGGAAAAUGCACACGGAUCGUCAUAUGGUGGAUCUUCUGUUGGAAGUAUGUUGCUAAUGGAAGAUACCGACGGAUUAGAGCACGAGCCAUUAGUUGAUACAGGCGAUUCGUUUGAAGCAAACCAAACCCCUAAAUCUGAUGCAAAAGUCUCAAACUCAAGGUCUCUAAAUUUUAUAUUAGAUACUUCUGCCUUGCUUCAAGGCAUGGGGAAUGUUAAACGCUGGUUUGACGCAAAGUACUCAACUGCACAACUCUUGAAGAAUCAAGGGAAAGCCGCUGAGAAUCUUUCGAUAAACUGUUACAUCCCAGCAAAUACAUUGUACGAGUUGCAAGAUAUCAGGAGAAAUUCAAGUAUUCAAGGUCCAAAUGCGAAGUGGGCACUUUCCUUUCUUGAUCAGAUUCUUGAUUCCGAUGCCACGAACAACGAAAUGUCAAAUGAAGUUGCGCCUGAGAAGAACUUGCUUUCUUACAACGUGGAGCUUGAGUCUCGCACACGUUCUUUUCCUACGUGGAAUACAGCCUUGAAAUACACAAUGCAUAAAGAAAAUGUUGAUGAUUUGGAUAUGGGAACAAAGUUCUUGAUCCGAUCAUGCGUUUUCAAAGCUUUCAUUGAGAGAAAAAGCAGUGAACGCUGGUAUGUUAUUACGGAGGAUGUCUCUAGAAGGAAAGUUGGUUUAUUUGGGGUCGAUUGUUUGAAUGUUAAUGAAGCAGAGUUACUUCUCUUCUGUGCCCACGACAUUACUGAAUCCCAGUUAAAAGCUCCAGGGUCCGAAUUCAACUUUGAACAUGACAUGUACGAGAGCAAACCUAUUCUUACCCGUAUAGACACGUCUCUUUAUGAUUACAAACCAUUGGGACUAAAGAAAGGGAAACAACUGCGGCGAGCUAAAGAAAUUACAGGGAACGUGUCUAAAGUGGAGGGCAUAAUAAAGGAAGACUUUAACAUGGUAAAUUACGCCCCGCGCCCAGAAGGCAAAGUGUGGAUGCCAUCAGAACCUAGUAAACCAAAAAAGAAGAAAAACAGGAGAAGAAAAAAGCCACAACAAGGGUCCGGAGAGUCUGCUCAGAAUAAAUCAUAA